UUCCAAUGGAAAUAUUGGAAAGCCACGUAUUUGACAGCUGUUGCAGUUCCCAAAUAAAAAUUUUAGCUCUUAUUUAUUAACAAUUUUAAUGCAUUUUGGAGGAAAAUAGAUUAAUAUUGUUUGUGGUUUUUGCAGAAAAUUCAGUGAAAAGUUGGGAGGAAUUUAGGCCAAAGUGGCUCGUAAAAGCGAAGGGAUGCGACGAUCGCAGGGCUACAAUUACCAACCGGUACCCCAGAGUGCCCCCUCAAGCAGCCACGAUGCCCUCGAGGAGGAGAACGAACGGAUGGCUGAGGAAUUGAAGGGGAAAAUCGGCGCCCUGAAGACAUUAACAAUAGACAUUGGGAAUGAGGUUAAAUACCAGGAUAGGCUCCUGGCCGGGAUGGAUGAUGACAUGGAAUCCACAGCGGGUGUCCUCAAGAACACAAUGGGUCGGGUAUUGCGACUCGGGAAAGGAGGGCACAGAAAUUACAUGUGCUACAUGUUCCUCUUUGUCCUGGCCAUUCUCCUGCUACUCUACGUUGUCCUGAAACUCAGAUGAAUACCACCGAAGUGGCUCCUGGUGAAAAGUAUUCCAAAAAUGUUUCCUAAUUUUGUUUUUUGGUGUAUUUGAUUUUUUUUGUGAAUAAUUUUGGGGCAAAAAUAAAUAUUUUCUUUAAAUCGUGA